GGCGUGCUGUGGUCCAUGGGGUCACAAAGAGUCAGACACGACUGAGCGGCUGGACUGAAACUGAUGGAGCACAAUGAGAGGAACGCCUGCGCGCUUCCGCGGAGACGUGGGUUUGACCCCUAGCCCAGGAAGAUGCCAUGUGCCGCAACCGCUCAGCCUGUGCGCUUGAGCCCAGGCGCUGCAGCGCCUUACGCCCACACACCCUGGAGCCGGCGCGCCACCGCGGGAGGGACCGCACGGUGAGCUCACGCGCUGCGGGUGCUAGAGAGCGGAGCCCGCUGCCGCAGCUGGAGAGGCCCUGGCCGCGCAGAGACCCGGCGCGGCCCAAAGUAAAGACAGCAGUUACAAAGAGGCACAGCUGCAAACCCGUCUGCCGGCUUAGGAGCCGGAAGCAGCGCCUGUAGGUUACAUGACUCGGGAGUGUUUCCCCAUCCCACCGCCUACCUCCCUUCUAAAGAUGAGAGCAAAUGAACUGCAGAGAGCUGAAUAAUCACGCCACUAGUGGAUGGCCCAGCCGGGGUUUGAACUCAGGUCGUUGGCUCCUGAUCUGUGCUGUCAGCCACUGCUUCAUUGUCUUAUGGCAGCACAGCCUUCUGUUGCCAUAUGUGUCCCUGUCUCAGCAAAUGGCACCUCCGAGUCCAAGCCGCAGCACCCCGAGCAGCAGCAGUGGGGGCGCGGCCAGUGACCAGCUGAGCAAGACCAACCUCUACAUCCGGGGGCUGCAGCCGAGCACCACAGACCAGGACCUGGUGAAGCUCUGUCAGGCAUACGGCAAGAUUGUCUCCACUAAGGCCAUCCUGGACAAGACCACAAACAAGUGCAAAGGCUACGGCUUUGUGGACUUUGACAGCCCUUCAGCCGCACAGAGAGCGGUAACAGCCCUGAAGGCCAGCGGUGUGCAAGCGCAGAUGGCAAAGCAACAGGAGCAGGACCCCACAAACUUAUACAUCUCCAACCUCCCGCUGUCCGUGGAUGAGCAGGAGCUGGAGGGGAUGCUGCAGCCCUUCGGCCAGGUCGUCUCCACUCGGAUCCUGCGCGACACCAGCGGGGCCAGCAGAGGGGUCGGCUUUGCUAGGAUGGAGUCCACAGAGAAGUGUGAAGCCAUCAUCACCCACUUUAAUGGAAAAUAUAUUAAGACACCCCCUGGAGUACCAGCCCCAUCUGAUCCCUUGCUUUGCAAAUUUGCUGAUGGGGGUCCAAAGAAACGACAGAACCAAGGAAAAUUUGUGCAGAACGGACGGGCCUGGCCAAGAAAUGGAGACAUGGGCGGCAUGGCUUUGACCUAUGACCCCACCACGGCUCUUCAGAACGGGUUUUACCCCGCUCCUUACAACAUCACCCCCGGCAGGAUGCUGGCUCAGUCUGCACUGUCCCCGUAUCUUCCGUCUCCUGUGACGUCGUAUCAGAGAGUGACUCAGACAUCUCCUCUACAAGCACCUAACCCGUCUUGGAUGCACCACCCCUCAUACCUCAUGCAGCCCUCAGGUUCAGUUCUGACACCAGGAAUGGACCAUCCCAUUUCUCUCCAGCCUGCCUCCAUGGUGGGACCUCUUACCCAGCAGCUGGGCCACCUCUCUCUCAGCAGCACGGGCACGGUAAAGCAGGAUAUUCCUCUUACAAACUCCUGCCACACAAGGAACACCUGUUACGUGCCGGCCGCUGCAGCGCUGCAGGGGGCUUACAUCUCCCAGUACACGCCGGUGCCUGCUUCCAGUGUUUCAGUUGAGGAGAGCGGCAGCCAGCAGAACCCGGCGCCGGUGGACGCGCCCGCGGAGCACGGCGUCUACCCCUUCCCGUUCAGCAAGUGACGGCGGGUCUCCCGCCCCGCCUUUGUGGAAUAUAAAAGAAUUCUGGGAGAUGCUGAUGCUCCGGACUGCAGAGGGCUGCCCGGGAAUACGGCCCCCGGGGGCCAGCUGAGCACGGACACUGGGGUCGGUUCGCACAGGCCUGGGCCCGGGAAGAGAAAGCCCUGCACCCCCGCCCUCGCUCUCCGUCCGGCGGUGGAGCCUGGGGAGGGGCGGCCCCUGUCGUGUGCGCUGCGGCCAAGGACGUCAGGAAACUUUUUUCCUUUGUGAAGAAAGUUUGCUGUUUUGCUUUUAACUGCAAUAUACUCUUAUCCUACGCCAAAGAGACUGGUGCCUGGGACUUCUCAUCUUUGUGAAAAACCAUUUUUGAUGUGUUGGACUUAUUUGGGAAGGCUUUUUUUUUUUAUAAAAAAAUUUAUUUCUUAAAAAAAAAGAUGUGGUGCUAGCACAUUGAUGGGGUCCUGUGUGGGCCCUUCUUUCUGAGUUUAGCAAUGGACCUUUUUUGUGGGGAGGUGUGUGAAAGAAUACAGACUUUCAAUGUUUUGUUUUAUAAAGCUCUUAGAUCACGCAUCCCAUCUCUUCUUCACAUACAUUUUAUGCCUUCUUUUUCUCAUCCAGAUUGUUCUUUUUCUCUUUUCCAUACAGCAGAACCUGCUUGCUUUAACCUCUUUACAGCUUUUAAUUUUGUGAAUUUCUUUUUUGGAUGAGACUUCCUAUAGAAUUUGGAGGGGCGGGGCUAGGAACAGGUGGAACCCUAAGUAGGCAGUGGAAGCGGCUUUUCCUGCCUCUGCCCUUCCGGAAGCAGAGCCUUGGCCUCGGCUGACCAAGGAGACGGUUCCACAGCCUUUGGAAGCCAUCUUUGAUCCACAUUGGGAUGAAGACUAGGUUUUCCCUGGCAAGUUCCAGAGGAACAGACCUACUGACUUCUGAUUCUUCUCACUGCUGAGGCCAGCACCACACCCUCUGAGAAGGUGUCUUCCCCAGCUACAGCUUUUCAGGAACACCUGGCUUUUCUGCUUUUCCCUGAAGAUCUUUCCUGCCCUGGGCCUCAGGGCCCCCGUCUUCCCUGUCGCAUGUCGUUGCCAUGCUCGGAGCCCUUGCAUUUGUGACCUUGCUGAAUCCACUUAGGUUCCUUCCCCACCGGGGACCAUCAGCUGCUUCGCCUUCAGACCAGUGACUCUCGGAGAGGUGCCUUGUCCCCUGGAGGCCGUCUGGCAGUCCAUGGAGGCCGUCUUCAGGGUCGUGUCUGGGCGUGAGGCUGUGUGCCGCCAUCUACUGGCCGCAGACUCGGGGUGCUGCCGCCCAUCCUGCAGCGCCCAGGGGAGACCUGGCUUCCCACCAGAGAAUCCGCUGACUCAGGAUGUCAGUUGUGCCCGGCUAGGAGACCUCGAUGAAGGCGGUGUCGAGCCUGCCUGUGUACCAGAGGGCUUGGUCAACUCCCAGCCCUGGACACAGUGCCUUUGGACCCCCAGGCAACUAGUUGAGACAGAGAACUGAGGUUCUUGAAUUUUCCGCAGGCGCUGACCUUUGGCACCUCUGUGUAUGCAGUGAGGGCUGCCCCUGAACGGCUUGGGCCACGUGCACAUUGAGGGGAUGAGGCGGGGUGGGAAAGGACAGAGUUCUUUGUAACUGUCCAGAGCAUUUGGGCCCCUUUCCCAGGGAAUCAGGAUGUCAAACAUAGUUUUCCUUGUGGAAGGGCAGCAGGGAGCUAGGAGAGAAAAGAGCAAUACAUCCAUCUCCGUUGUCCCAAGGUCAGGAGCCCUUCACAGGGAGGUUCUGUUUCGCUCUUCAGCCCCAUCUCUUUCUGCAAGACCUGACCUGGCGCCUGCAGACGGGGCGGAGGAAGCCUUUGCCCGCCGCCUGGGAAGUAGGUCCUGUACCUCCUCUUCCCAGUUGCUCCCUUCUGCGCGGAAAGGAGAGGGCCGCCCCCCUUCACUUGCAGGCCGGGUGGUUUCCCCCAGACAGGCAGACAGACAGCCCGAUGACGGAAUGGAGGAGGGGAGAAGCUGUGAUGUCCGUUGGCAGAGCCUGGGCCCAGCUUUCCCCUCCCUCACCCGGCUCAGGGUUGAGAGUCCUGAUGCCCCCGCCCCGAGUGUCCCCUUGUGCAUCCCGAGGGUGCGGGGCGGAGGCAGCAGACGGUAGGUAGGGAUGGUGGGCGGUGUGGGAACUAUCAGAGACAGAAUGGCCACAGUUUUCUCACGGGUACGUCCCACCUCAGGAAGGGUUUAUCUGGUGUCAAACAGCCCCAAGUCCAGUAACCUUCUGGGAGGGUUUGCCUGGGCAGGCAGCUCUUGCUCCUGAGUCUCUAGUCCUUAGUCAGGAAAGUACAACAUAGAUCUCGUCAGGGCCCUUGAAGAAAAAGAGAAAAGUCUAGACUCCUGUUCAUUUAAUUAAUAGUAGUUUGGGGGAACCUUGCUUUGCCAGGAGGUUUGGUGAAAUGAUUCCCUGGUGGCUCAGAGGUUAAAGCAUCUGCCUGCAAUGUGGGAGACCCAGGUUUGAUCCCCGGGUCGGGAAGAUCCCCUGGAGAAGGAAAUGCCAACCCACUCCAGUACCCUUGCCUAGAAAAUUCCGUGGAUGGAGGAGCCUAGUAGGCUACAGUCCAUGGGGUUACAGAGUUGGACGCGACUGAGCGACUUCACUUAGAGAAAUGAGGGCCUUGCAUGUGUAGAAGCUGUUGUUGACAUUACGGGUGCCCCUUCUCUGCCUCUCAGAAUUCUUGGUUCUACUUUCUCCAUUUAAAUGUUUAAAUGGCUUUUACUUUGCAUUGUUUUGCUUUAAAAUUGUGAAGUUACCUUUUGUGCAUUUUCCUCAUGUGAACCUGCUUAAUGGAUUUUAUUAACGAAUGUUUCUGGUUUGGGCAGGUUUGGGCGUGGGAAGUGAUGGAGUGAGAGCCUGAAGUUAUUUUUGUAGUGGUUAAUGGUAUCGUGGAAUUUCGUUUGGACCCUUUUGGGUUACACUCAUGAUACUUUCCCCCUAAUUGUUAGUUCAUUUCUUGACAGUUCAUAACAUGGGUGAGUGAUUGGAAAAAGGAGAGAAGGAAUGAGGGCCAGUUUUUCUCUCUGUCUCGAAAUGGCCCACUGGGGGCAGGGGUGCUGCCGAGCAACUGUCGGGGGUCUUCAGGCUCAUAGCCUUGGGCUGGGCCCUUUAAACGAUGCUGGUGUUUUCUGAAUCCUGUCUUCAUGGAGCCCAGGUCAUACUCUGCCUGUACUUCACAUCUCACCCCUGGUCAUUAUGGUGCUCAUGACAUUCUUAAAAUAUUUUACUACUUUGCAUUUCUCUCUUUUCAGUCAGAUAGAACAUACUAGAGUCACCUUCUCAGGUGAUCUAGUCCUUUACUAGGCUUAGUGCCCGCCUGUCCCACCUCAUGCCGAUAUCAUUGCUGCGCCUCUCACUCUGGAUACUCAGACCUGAGGCUUUUUGGAGGGUGUGGGUCGAGGUUAGGGGAAAUGUAGAGUAUUUUUAACAAAGGAUUGGAAGAGCUGCCCAGACUAGGAAGCCUAGUGGCUCUGAAGAGUAAAUAAAUACCCCUUGUCAGGAAUCAUGGGGCAGUAGGGGGACAUUACGUGCACCCUAACCUACUGUGAGGACUAGACUGACCCUCCCUGGAUCGGGCCACCUCAGCCCAGUUCCAUCCUUCUUUUCCUGACUUACCGACCAGUGCGCUCAUUUAGCCCCUGGAGCCUGCAUUGCGUAUCCUCUGCUGCUUCAGUGUCUGCCGUUUGGGGCGCCUGUUUGUGGGUGGUUAUUUUGCUCCACAAAGGUGAAGUGAGAGGGCUUGCUGGAAUGGAGUAUAAACUUAAAAAAACCCGAAGCAGAAUGUUCUCUUGUGCAUGGGUGCCACCUUCUGGGAGAGCAGCGGCGUUGCGGACUGGCAGGUUGUCUCAGCCUCCUUGGUCUUGACCUUGACUGGGGUCAGUCAUCAGGUCUAAACUUGUCCCGCUUCAAGGAAGAGGGUGGUAUUGUAAAACCAGGCUGUAAGGGCUAGGUCUGACCUUGUGCCUUGCCACAUUAACCCUUCCUGAUUCCCUCCUAAACCAACUAUGCCAUUUCUGUGCUUUUGACUCCGUCCAGGCAUUAGCAGAUCCCGCCUUCACCCAGCCUUUACCCUUUCCUUUCGUAGGAGGGCCUUCCGUCAACAGCUGAGCCAGGCCUGUGAGCUCUCCCGCCCUCCUCCUCUUUGCUGAGUUCUGCGGCACCCCCUAGAGGCGCUCCCCACGAGACUAGUAAUCAGAGGCAGGUGCCGUCUCAGCCCUGACCACUGCGGCUGCUCCGCGGCCUGGCCCCUGCAUUUCAGAUGAACCCAGGCGUGGCCCACAACCUCCCCGUCCUCGUUACAGACCUACCUCACGGUUCCACGCUCGGCACGGGCACGGCCCGUGGUUUACACGUGUCUCCUUCCUUCACUGUCCUUCGCAUCACGAGGGUUAGGAAGCUGGGGGCUAGAAAGGGCUCACGAUCAAAUGCAAAAAUUCCUCGUUAUUUCUAUUUCUGGAAUGUCUUCUUUGAGACUUUUACCUCACUUAUCGCCCUAGAAUAGUGUGAAAUCUUCAGUUAGACCUUGCUGUGGUAGGCCAAAUGACGACUGCUUAGGCUGUCAGUGCUUGGGGCCGCCCCCGGGAACACCAGCACUGGAGCAGUUUAUCACUUGAUUAGGUUUGCCAGUGGCUGCCACUAGCUGAGAAGGUAAGCAGGCACCAAAGUGGCCAUCUGAGGUUUUUGUGAGGCUGAAAACAGAGAUAUUCCUUCUCCUAUUCCAGUUAGAGGGUCACCAAGACAAAACUUCCAGCCUUCAGUGUGAUAAGCUUUCCCAGCUUGUAAAAAGUUCUCACAACAUUUACUGGUGUCUGCAUCCCCCAACACACACAAUUUUGGGGGUGGUGAGUACACUCCUGCACGCACUUACCACCUUGGACAGGAAAUAAGUUUAAUUAUCCUCAAAACACAUCCUUGUACAUUUUUUCUUUAUCCAGAGGUUUCUAAUUUUAUACUCUUGCCAUGUUUGUGCCAGUGCUACCCAGUCUAAUUUUCCUGACCCUUGGUAUUCUCAUGUUUCUUCCCUAUAAUUUGGUAGAACUUUGUCUUAUUUCAACUUGUGAAAUAAAACACAAAAGUCUA